UGCUCUGACGGAUAUAGUUGCUGUAGAGGCUAUAAAGGUUCUUCUUCAAGACUUAGUCAAAUUUUCUCCAUCACUAGCAAGAACACAGUCGCCAUGGCAUCCGCGCUGCCUGUUAAGAUUGGUAUAAUUGGUGGUUCAGGCCUUGAUGAUCCAGACAUCCUGGAGGGAAGGACUGAGCGUUAUGUUGAUACACCCUAUGGAAAGCCAUCUGAUGCGCUGAUUCUGGGGAAAAUAAAAAAUGUGGAAUGUGUUCUCCUGGCAAGGCAUGGCAGGCAACACACCAUAAUGCCAUCCAAUGUGAAUUACCAAGCCAACAUUUGGGCGCUGAGAGAAGAGGGCUGCACUCAUCUAUUGGUUACCACGGCCUGUGGUUCACUCCGAGAGGAGAUUCAGCCAGGAGACAUUGUCAUCAUAGAUCAGUUCAUUGACAGGACUACCAAGAGAGCUCAGACGCUGUAUGAUGGACAGCCCACCAGUCCUCCAGGUGUGUGUCACAUCCCCAUGGCUGAUCCUUUCUGCAACAGAACCAGAGAGGUUUUGGUGGAGGUGGCACGGAGUCUGGGCGUCAAGUGCCAUGUGCGAGGGACUAUGCUGACUAUCGAGGGGCCGCGCUUUUCCUCGCGGGCAGAGAGCCUGAUGUUCCGCCAGUGGGGUGCUGACGUCAUCAAUAUGACCACCGUGCCAGAGGUGGUCCUCGCCAAGGAGGCUGGCUUGUGCUAUGCCAGCAUCGCCAUGGCAACAGACUAUGACUGUUGGAAGGAGCAUGAGGAGGCGGUCUGUGUUGACAACGUAAUGAAGACGAUGAAGGAGAACGCAAACAAAGCCAGCAGUAUCCUGCUAACUGCAAUACCCCAGAUUAGUCAGAUGGACUGGGCUCAGACAAUGAAGACUUUGAAAUCAAUGGCACAAUCUUCGGUAAUGUUACCAAAACACUAAAGGUGUAGUAAACAAUAAAGUAGAAAAGGAUAUGGAUCCCAGACACCACCCACACCAACUCUGACACGGACAACAGAUUCAACUCUGCCUGCGGAUUUGUCAUCAGUGAAUCACAAGAAAGUGCCUCACAUUAAUAAUGCAUGUACUGUGUCUUCAGCUUGGAGGUUCAGUGUUUUUUCUUGAGUCAAAAUACACAUAACCCCCAACCACCUCCCCACCCCCUUUGCACCGAUAAAAACGUCACCAUUUUUCUCUGGACAACAGCCCAAUCACAAAAGCCACUUCAGAAGAUCAAAACAUUUUCAAUCUUCUCACAGUUAUACUAGAUCUCUUAUCGGGGUUAUUUAUUUAUUUUUUUUUUUGUGGUCUAUAAACAUUUAAAAUUUCUAAAUUUGUUGCCAGUAAACCAGUGGUGUCUUUAUUGCUGUUUAUGCGAGAUACAAUAACCAUGCUUUGCAAGUUUAGCACAUGAAUACUUUGGUACUGCCUUAGUCAAAACUAAUAGUAUACUUUUAAAGGUUGAAUCUUGUCUUGAACAUAUUCUUAUGUCUUAUACUCACGUAAAAACUUUUAAAUGCCUGCAUACACUUCAGAACCAUUUCAGGAGAAAAGCCUUGUUAUUAAUACUGAGAAUUUUUCUAUCGCUGCUUAUCUGUGCACAUUUUUAUAUUUUGUGGAAUCCUUUCACAUUUCGUAGCUCUUCCUGACUGUUGUAUGUGCUUCGUGAAGCAAAACUUAAUGGCAUUUCAUUUAUAUAUCAGAUCAGCUCUGCAUGGUUCAUGCAAACAUUCUCAGCUACCAUCAUAUUCACUUAAUUGACUAUUUGUAAUACUUUUGAGAAACAUACUGACUGUAUUUACUGACGGACACAGGUGAGAGACAUUUUUUUGCACGCCUAAAAAUGUUUUAUAUACUGUAAGACUCAUCCGCAUCUAACGGUGAAAUGAAAUUAGCAUUUUUGUUGGAGUGCUUGGCCUUUUAGUACCACUCAUGUUAGAAGACUAUUUGUCAUUUCUUCUUUUCUUCUUAUCUUCCUUUGCUGCAGCUGUCCGUCAUCGCACUGCACGGUAUCUAAAAAUAUUUGGUUUCUUUGGUAUUUCCUCUUUGUUGCCUUGUUUCAACAUUAUGAACAUACAGUCCUAUACGGCGUAGAUCGACUCAAUAGAGAGAGACUACAGAUUUGAUUGUUUAAACAGCCGAGGUCAUGUUCUGAAGUUAGUAAACAUAUUAUGAUCUUCAAGUAAUUAAGACUCCUGAAAUGUAUCUGACCAUUUUCAGUUUUCUCGCAUGCUCAUAAAAUAUGCGCAGUGAAAUGUAGGGUGGCUUCCUCUUGAGCCGGUGCAAGAAAAAAAAGGCAAAUAUGUUGUAUGGAAUAACAAUUAGUUCAACAGUUAAAAAUAAGAAUUUGAGUUUGAAAAAAUGUAAAGAAUAAAGUAUAUGGUGUAUUUAUAUCCUCUGGAAAUUGCAAGUUCAGAUUAGAUUUUCUGGCCCUGAAGCACAUUUUGCCAUUGAUUUCAUCAUAUAUAUAUGUAUGUACAAUCUAAAAACAGCCUCCUGUUUGGCAUAUGAUGGACCAACUUUUUUACUGUUGAUUUUACUGUUGUUACAAAAACGGUUUGCUGUGGUAAUGUUAAAAUUUCGGACCUAUAAUUCUGUCUGUUGAACCCGUGAGUGAACAGCACCAUUACGCUCUUCCCAGGCUUUUGGGGGCUUUUCUGUGUGUUGUCAAAUCUCCCUUAGGGUACAUAAAGCCAUAAAGGCGCCGAGGUUCAAACUAAACUAAGCUCAUGUUUAACUGGAGGUAGAUAUAUACUGUAGCUUAUUUCAUGAAUCGUGUUUCUAAUUUUUUUUCCUACCAUAUUGUUACUCCUGCACGGCAGCCGUGCAUUACACAUUACUAACUCCUAACUGUAACAUAUCCCAUGUGCAAAUAGAACCUGAUUUUCUUCAUGUAGAAAAGCACUUUUUUUAUUUUUUAAUACCUGUUUAUGUUACACAAAAAUCCCCUUCUGGUUCACCUCUGUACCGCUCGGAAAAGUCAGCAAACUUCUGUCAGAUUUAUUCCAUGCCUUAUUGUGUUAAAAUGUGUAGAAGCAUGUCUUGGUCCCACGUGAGUUGAAAAUCCCCUCAAAAUGUUCGGUGAAAUUAAAUUAAUAAAUGAUUGCAUCAGC